AUGCGUAUCGCUGCUUUGCUUCCCGCCAUGUUGGCGGCCAUCCCCGCCGUUGCCGCCGACCGAGGCAAAUUGGGACUCGCCCUGGGCAACAAAAACGUCAACGGCCAAUGUAAAACGACCAGCGACUACGAGGCCGACUUCGACGCCCUCAAGAAGGUGACCACCCUGGUCCGCACCUACUCCGCCAGCGACUGCGACACCGCGAAGAACAUCAUUCCUGCUGCCAAGAGCAAGAAAUUCCAGGUGGUGCUGGGAGUGUGGCCCGACUACGACGAGUCCUUCAACAAGGAUUUCAACGUCCUGAAGCAGUUCGUCCACGGCAACGAGGACGUCGUCCAGGGUAUCACCGUCGGUUCCGAGGUCCUGUAUCGCGGAGACCUCCCCGCUGCCAAGCUCAAGGAAAGAAUUAUCCAGGUGGUGGAUGAGUUCCCCAAGGUGACUGUCGGCACGGUGGACAGCUGGAACAAGUUCGCCGACGGCACUUACGAUGAUAUCAUCUCCAGCCCCAAGAUCAAUUACUUCUUGGCCAAUGGCUUCGCCUACUGGCAGGGCCAGAAAAUCGGCAAUGCCACCAACACCUACUUCGACGACAUGACCCAGGCCAAGAAGCGGGUCGAGAGCCGUGCUGCUGGCAGAAAGAUCCGUUUCGGCAACGGCGAAACUGGCUGGCCUACCGAUGGCGGAACUGAUUACGAGGCCGCCAUCGCCAAGACCGAGUAUGCCGCGAGGUACUGGAAGGAUGCCGUCUGCGGUAUCCUCACCUGGGGCGUCGAUGUCUUCUACUUCGAGGCGUUCGAUGAGCCCUGGAAGCCGGUCAGCAAGGGUGACAACGGCGAGGAGAAGGACGAGACUCACUGGGAUCUAGGUCCGUCCGUACCCUCCGCCAAUUCGGCGCAUUCUCCGCCGCCGCAUUCCAGAGACCCAUCCCGCCUACGUGACGAUUCAUACUUGGCUGCUCCGUUGAUCUCAUCGUCCACAUCCCCCGGAGCGUCGAAUCGUUCGGCCGCUGGUUCCUACCGGACCCGGAGCGUCACCUCUUCCCAUCCGCCGAAUUCCAUCCGGACUGUGUCGAAAUAUCAAGGCGCGUGGGAUUCGUCGACUUCGUCCCCGGAGAAUAAAAGAGCGGAGAGCAGCAUCUACUACACCACCGCCUGGGGCUCACCGUAUGCUGCACCCAGCCCUCGGAGGCUUUCGUGGUCAUUGAGUCAAUCCGCUGGCAUCGAUCGUGGUUCGGGCAUCAGUUCCCGGGCCUCCAUGCGCAGUGGUUUCUACCACGGCUCCGAAGCAAACCAUACCGAAUUUCUGAGACCCUCAGCCCCGGAGAGCUCGACCACGCAAUUGCACGGUGGUGAUACGACACUCAAUCGCUCGCCGCGGCGUGAUCUGUUAGGCAGGAAAGGAGGAAAGUCCAUCAAAGACUUCACUCAGGAUUGGAUCAACCAAUAUCUCUCGGGUCAGCCCAGGACCGAACGCAGUAACUGGCUCAGCGACGACUCGGGUAGCGAGGCUCCCUCGUUCUUCACGGCCCAGAAUAAUUUCGCAGACGACCCGUCCGACGAUUGGCUUGCUCUAGAACAGGACACCCGUGACGAAGACGUCUUAAAGACCCCGACGCUCGCCGACUUUGUCAAGAGGAGGACGAUUGCGACCCACGGGGAAAACAGUCUCGGGCGUCAACGCACGAAGGAUUACCUUCACCGGAGAGCCGAUACACUACGGCAAGAAGACUUUUGGGGCUUCGCCUACGACAAGGAUCCCAACCCCAUCACCAUGGCCGACACAAAGGAGGGUCAGCCCCCGACAUCCCAACCGGAGCCCACCCAGGUACCGUCUCCGAGCGAAAAGCCACUCCCCCCGCCUCCUACCGAUGCCGGAAAAGAAGACAACGCUGCAGCCACGCCUGCAGAAGGCUCCGAACCGAAAGUUGCACAGAAUAAAGUGUCGACAAGCAGGAAUACCUCAACACCCGUGCCGAGAGUGAGAAAGAAGAUUAUUUGGCGCGGCAAGGCUUGUAUCAUUGGACUUCCACCGGGAGACAAACGAGGCACCGAAGAAUCCGGCUAUCGCUUAUUAAGUACGGAGGACGUUGAACAGAGGCUAAAAAACUUCGAAGAGAAGGGUUACAGCGUCCGCGGGUUUGAUGUCGGUGCACCAGAAGACAGCUCAGAGGUCACCGAAUUAGGCGGACUAAGUCGUCCGUCUUUCCCAGACGCGCCGGAAGAUGUAGAAGAAUUGAAGACGGGGAGUUAUACCGUCAACUUUCCGAACAGGGAUGUCUGGGACUCGUACGUUCGGGCCCUUCAGGAGGAGAAGCUGCGAGCGCUGGGAGUCUCUCUCGGCGAGGAGGAAAUGCAGCCAUCUGUAUCGCCGGCCAUGAGCCAGAUGGCUCCAUUCCCCGGGAUGGGCCCGUCACCACCGAUACCGACGGCAUCAGCAGCCAGCAACCCAUUGUCCGGACCGAACCCGUUCUCUCCUCACUUCAACCAGUCCGCAAACAACAGCAAUGGCAUUGGUAGCUUGGCAUCCCCCGUAUCGCAUUUCGGCGUUCAAACACCAUUCUUGGGCGUCGACCAAAAUCUCUUGCCUGGAUAUCAUGUUCCGUUCCAUAAUACGCCUCCUGCACAGGGCUCACUUACCCCUCAGGGCUUCUUCAACGCCCGUCAUCCGAAUAACCCUGGUCUUCCGGGCACUCUCCCGGACCUUACGUCUAUUUUGUCACCUGUAUCACCGAUGAAUGGCCCGGGGGCUUUCCACCCAGGAUUGAACGAACAGCCGGAGCUGCAAAACAGCGCAUUCCACGAACCACACAUGGAUCAUCAGUUUCAACAAGACAAUAAUGCCAUGGAAGGCCACCUUCUGCGUCCUGUUCACACUCCUACAGAAAAUUUGGACAACUUCCACGCCUCGACAGUGGAGAUCGCUCAGCCUACGCCUCGCGGCCAUAGCCGUGGUCACAACCUGAGCGAAACGCUCCAGAAGGGACUUGAUCAGAUCGCCCAGUCCGACUAUCAUUUGGAGGAGUCAAUUGAGAGGCAAUUGGAGGAGGGUGACCACGAGCCGGCUCACAACUUCGUCGCCCCGGGAUUGAUGCACCCUCAAUGGGCCCUGCCAGAGAACGAUAACCGUGAUCUCCAGCAUCUCCCUCAGCAUGUGCAUCAAUUCUACGGUGGAGAGUAUUCCGGCAACAAUGUCCAAGAGGGAUCCGAUAUCGAUACGAAUCCGAGUCUCUCUGGAACACCUCGCAGACAUGGACCACUGGGGCAUCACAUUCCCUGGCACUCGGCCAAACCCAGCGGUGGCUCGUAUCCCGGUCACCGCUCGAAGCUGUCAUCCUCUACUUUGAAUGUAGACGCCAAGGAAUUCGAUCCGAACGCUUCGACGGCCACACAACAUUUCCCCUUCCAGAGUAACUCUUUCCAGUUUCCCAAUGCCGGUCAGGAUAUGUUCACUUUCGGCUCAGGACCGGGAUUCAAGCCUUCAGUCAACUCGUUCGAUGCGCCCCCAGCUCCCUUUUCCGCAAGUGGCUCGCAUCGUAUAGCUAACCAUGGAUCCGGUGAAUUCAAUUUCGGAUCACCCUCCUUCAAUGUUGCGGCACCUGUCUUCAACCCAGCCGCUAGCGUCUAUUCUGCCGGUUCCGAGCAGCCACCGGCCGCCAAUAGAACCAAGAUCUUCGACGAACAUGAUGUUUCACAGGCUGCAAAAUCUGGCAAGAAGUCGUCGAAGGCAAUUCCCAUUAUCCGCCCUGAUGAUAGUACGCCCGAGAAAAGAGACAGGGAUGAGAAGGCCCCGAGCGGAAAGGCUUCAGACCGCCAUAAACGUGCCCGUCGCGGUGAUGCGCCUUCUGAUGAGGAGGCUCCAUUCAGCCCGGGUCAUGCUCUAACGGAGUCCAAUGCCCAGCGAUCUCAGAUUCCUCACGGCCCUCAUGUGGCGGCCGAGGGCAAAGAGAACGCAGCUCCCACGGGCACAUUGCCUCUGUCGGCUCAGCUUGGCAAGCCUGAGGAGCGCAAGGACACUCCCGUCAGUGAGGCUUCCACUUGGGCUCCUUCUGGUACCAAGGAAGAGGCAGCAACUGCCGCGCCGGAGCCACCGAAACGGGAACCCGACACGGCAACAUCAACUAAGCAGGAACCUGACGCCGCAGCUGCCCCUGCACCACCACCACAACAGCAGGAGGCUCCCAAGGGACCGCCCCCGAAGAAGGACUGGAGGACCGCGCUGUUCGGAUCGAAGAAGACAUUCACCUUCAAGCCUUCAGUGGCUGAAUUUAUACCCUUCACGAUUGAUCAGCCGAAACCUGCAACGGAGGAGCCGCCCAAGAAGAAUGACCUUGCGGCUUCUCGUCACGCUGUCCCAAGCCCUCCGGCUUCGCCUAAGCGUAAGACCCCGUCACCUGAGCCGGAACAGCCAGAGCAGCCAGAACAGCCAGAACAGCCAGAACAGCCAGAACAGCCAGAACAGCCAGAACAGCCAGAACAGCCAGAACAGCCAGAACAGCC